AUGAAAAAAUAACAUUAUCAUAGAAAUGGAGGAAUCAAAAAGAAACACUUAUCAUUUGAUCAGAAAGUUAUGGUCCUAAAGUAACUAGGACCUAAGCCCUCUAAAUUAAGAAUCUAAACUAUGGCAUAGCAAUACAACAUUUCAUCAUCAACUAUUAUGAAUUGGAUUGAAAAGGGAUUGUGGACUUAAAUACCCUCUGUCUAACCAGAAUUAGAUUAUGAAUUACAUAAAUCUAAAUUGUUGACAUAGAGAGAGAACUUUAUAGAACUUGACGAAACAGACUAGAAUAACUCAAGAGAUCAAAAGAAAGAAAUUGAUGAAUCUUAAUAAAAUUUAUAUGAUUAAAUAGAAAUCAUAUUAUGA